AUGACAUGGGGCAAAAAUGUUUUCACCCAACACCUUGCUGAAAAAACUGAUGAUUUUCCAGGAAAAUGCAGUGAUUCACAAGGAGCUACUAAGAAGAUAAAACUUAAGUAUUGGCAAGUCAAUGAUUUACCUAUCGGGGAACGUGUAAUUGUACACUUUGAUGACCGAUAUGCGACAUAUGGUGAAGCACAAGGUUUGCUUGUAGGAUAUUGUGGAACAUUAGCAACUAAUUCCAAUUUAUUUCCAAUUAAUUUUGAAAGGUGGUCUGGAAAAUUAGGCAUGCCAAAAUCUUAUUUUGAUAAUUGCUUUGAAACCGAUUUGAAGCCUCGAUUUCAGUUUAACACUAAUGAAGCCAUGGCAAAGAGAUAUUGCAAACUUAGCAUUUCAAAGAAGUGGGCUGCACAUAGACAAAGUUUGUGGACUAGAUUUUACGAUCCAUCUCAAUCCCGAGAUGAAAUCAUAAAUAAUGUUCCAGUUGGUGUAGAUCCAACUCAAUGGGCUCAUUUUGUUAAUUAUCACUUGAAACCGGAAACAAUGGAGCGUUGUCGCAAAAUUAGAGAAAAUCGUAGCAAGCAAGUGAUUCCUCAUACCGGUGGUUCUAAAUCUCUUUCGAGAAAAAGACAUGAGAUGGAACAAAUUGAAGUGGGUUUGACACAGAGCAAUGUUGAUGAAUCUGAAAUAUCUCCUAAUGAUGUUGUCGGUAGAGUCUUUGGGCCCGAGCAUUCUGGAAGAGUUAGAAGCAUGGGUAUGGGAGCAGCUCCUACCAAUACAUUUAGAAAUAAUGGAGUUAGACUUUCAAAUUUGAGUAAUUCUUCAACAAGUGCUUCUACAUCAUCAUCUAAUUUUUGGCAAGAGAAGUACAUGAACUUGGAAUCUCAAGUUCAAAAUAAUAUGACAGCAUUUAAAGCAUAUAUUAUGAUGAAAGAAGGAAAGAUUCCUGAUCAAGUGGCUGACAUUUUGGGUUUAUCAAAUCCAAGUGACGUUGCAAGUGAGCCUAAUUCGCCGUUGAUUGCAAGAGGAUCUUGUGGUGGUAGCAACAUUUGA